UCUCACCAGCACAUAAUAAACGUGCAAAUCUCAGAAUUUUGCAUCAAAAAUAUCCAUAUUAGUAUUCACAUAGUCAUCUAAAAAAGUGUUCAUGAAUAUUCAUAGUUUGCGAAAUUUUUCACUAUAAAUAUCUGUUAAAGUGCUUAGUGGUAUGAAUUUACCAUAGAGUUCGGUUUACCAUAGAGUUGCAUGAUGUUUGCGUUUCUUUAUUUUUAAUAUUAGUUAGUUAGUUUAUAUUUGUUACUUCCGAAUUAGUUAGAGAAUAUCUGCUGAUAACAAACGUUACAAUGAAGUGCCAUAUUGUUGUUGUUUCAUUGUUUUUAAUUGUUUCCGUUGAUUUUGGUAUCGUGAGCGGCCAAGAUGCACCUUUUGAGUUACCAGUGCAAUUAGUCGGUUUUCCUUUUAUCGUGGGAAGUGUCAAGUUUACUAACUUUUUGAAAAAGUUGUCGUAUUCCCUGAGUCCUGCGACAUAUCGCUCCAGAAGUCGUCGAGAGUUGUCAUUCACGAGUGACUCCGAGCCGUUUGAUUCGCAAGAAGUAGAGAAGUACAUCAUUGGAGAAUUUGGAGCGCGAGCCUGCGUGUUCGAACGAGUUUGCGCGCAUUAUGCCACUCGAGCACGAACACAGCCUAGACCUCAGAUGGACUGGUCUGAUGUUUUCAGACAGUACAAACGCUCACCUGAUCAAGCCAAGGAGCUAUACCUGCUCAGCGUUUUCCUCGGAGACAUCGUCGGGUCACCCCAGCUCUGUCACCAGCUGGGCAAGAGAAGAGGAUGCGAUGACAACCUUCUAGGAAAUACUAACUAACUUUUAGAAAUUAGUUCGAAGAACCGCGAGACGGUGGGGUCCCAAUGUGCUGGGAUGGCGACCUCGCACCAGGAAGCGCAGCGUUGGCAGAUCCUCCAUUAAUGGGACCAACGCCAUCAAACGAGUCGCAGGGCGCUGCUGAAUUCGUAACUGUGCGUCCACAUACUCCUCUACUCGCGCAAUUAAUAGCGACACGCCGCACUAGGUUGUUUGCCUUUGCAACGCGAUGGACGUCG